GGCAAAGAAGCACAGGAUUCCGAGGCUCCAGUCUGCCCAUGAGUAAAAGCAAAUGCCCAGUGGUACUGAUGUCUUCAGUGGUGGCCCCAGCUAAGGAGCCCAACGCCAUGGGCCCAAAGGCAGUGGAACUCGUCCUGGUCAAGGAGCAAAAUGGGGUGCAGCUCACAAACUCUACCCUCAUCAACCCCACGCAAACCCCCGUGGAGACACAAGAGCGAGAGACCUGGGGCAAGAAAAUCGACUUCCUCCUGUCCGUGAUCGGCUUUGCGGUGGACCUGGCCAACGUCUGGCGAUUUCCUUACCUGUGCUACAAAAAUGGCGGGGGCGCCUUCCUGGUCCCCUACCUGCUCUUCAUGCUCAUUGCUGGAAUGCCACUUUUCUACAUGGAGCUGGCCCUGGGGCAGUUCAACAGGGAAGGGGCUGCCGGCGUCUGGAAGAUCUGCCCCAUCCUGAAAGGCGUGGGCUUCACGGUCAUCCUCAUCUCGCUCUACGUGGGUUUCUUCUACAACGUCAUCAUUGCCUGGGCGCUGCACUACCUCUUCUCGUCCUUCACCGUGGAGCUGCCGUGGGUCCACUGCAACAACACGUGGAACAGCCCCAACUGCUCAGAGGCGCGCACCAGCAACUCCAGCUCCAGCUCUGACCACACCUUCCGCACCACGCCUGCCACCGAGUACUUCGAGCGUGGUGUGCUACACCUCCACGAGAGCCGUGGCAUCGAUGACUUGGGUCCCCCCCGGUGGCAGCUCACAUCCUGCCUGGUGCUGGUCAUCAUCCUGCUCUACUUUAGCUUGUGGAAGGGAGUGAAGACUUCUGGGAAGGUUGUGUGGAUCACAGCCACCAUGCCAUAUGUAGUCCUCUUUGCCCUGCUUCUGCGAGGAAUCACACUCCCUGGGGCCAUCGAUGGCAUCAGAGCGUACCUGAGUGUAGACUUCCAUCGGCUCUGCGAGUCUUCUGUGUGGAUAGAUGCUGCCACCCAGGUAUGCUUCUCGCUGGGCGUUGGGUUUGGGGUGCUAAUUGCCUUCUCCAGCUACAAUAAAUUUACCAACAACUGCUACAGAGAUGCGGUCAUCACCACCUCCGUCAAUUCCCUGACGAGCUUCUCCUCCGGCUUUGUGGUCUUCUCCUUCCUGGGGUACAUGGCCCAGAAGCACAGCGUGCCCAUCGGGGACGUGGCCAAGGACGGGCCCGGGCUGAUCUUCAUCAUCUACCCUGAGGCGCUGGCCACGCUCCCACUGUCCUCGGCCUGGGCCGUGAUCUUCUUCAUCAUGCUGCUCACCCUGGGGAUCGACAGCGCCAUGGGCGGGAUGGAGUCGGUGAUCACCGGGCUCGUUGACGAGUUCCAACUGCUGCACCGGCACCGGGAGCUCUUCACCCUCUUCAUCGUCCUGGCCACCUUCCUCCUCUCACUCUUCUGUGUCACCAACGGCGGCAUUUACGUCUUCACGCUGCUGGACCACUUUGCGGCCGGCACGUCCAUCCUCUUCGGAGUGCUUGUCGAGGCCAUCGGGGUGGCCUGGUUCUACGGCGUGAGGCAGUUCAGCGAGGACAUCAAGCAGAUGACCGGGCAGCGGCCCAGCCUCUACUGGAGGCUGUGCUGGAAGUUCGUCAGCCCCUGCUUCCUCCUGUUUGUGGUUGUGGUGAGUAUCGCGACCUUCAGGCCCCCGCACUACGGAGCCUACAUCUUCCCCGAGUGGGCCAACGCGCUGGGCUGGGCCAUCGCCACGUCCUCCAUGUCCAUGGUGCCCAUCUACGCAGCCUACAAGUUCUGCAGCCUGCCCGGCUCCCUGCGGGAGAAACUGGCCCAUGCCAUCACGCCAGAGCAGGAGCGCGAGCUGGUGGACAGUGGGGAGGUGCGCCAGUUCAGGCUUCGCCACUGGCUGCUGGUGUAGAGGCAGCAGGAGGCCCGGCACGGCCGCCCCGCAGUGGAGACGCCGCUGAGGAGGAGCCCCAGCUUCGAG